AUGACUUCAAUUGAUGAAUAUCGUAGGAAAGCGAGUUUUGAUUGGAAGAAGCUCAAAAUUGUCUUAGAAGGUGAAGAUAUAAUCGAAGCAAAGAAUGAUAUUAUUCGUCGAAUGCAAGCUGAUCCUGUUUUUCAAAGAAAUUAUGAUACACUAAGUCGAGAAGAAUACAGAGAAGUCGUCCACAAACAGUGGAAGGCCAUUCAAUCAUGGAAUCUGUUCUCAGAUCCGUACGAAGAUCUUACCUUGACUCAUGCAUUAUCUGAAAUUUUGGAGUUUUAUGAUCAAGCGACCUCUGCGCGUUUCUCUCUCCAUUUAAACGUGUUCGGUGCCGCUGUUAAAUCAAUGGGAACCGAAGUUCACGCAGAUUUAAUAAAGAAAAUUGACAACAACGAAGUUGUUGGAGCGUUUUGCUUGACAGAAAUCGGGCACGGAUCAAAUACUGCCGAAGUUGAAACCACGGUAACCUAUGAAAAUGGAGAGCUCGUUUUCAAUUCACCAACAAUUACUUCAAUCAAAUGUUGGGCUGGAAAUCUAGCUCACUCGGCCACUCAUGCUGUCGUUUUUGGACAACUUAUUGUCAAAGGUAAAAAUGAAGGAUUUCAUGGGUUUGUGAUUCAAAUACGAGAUCCUUUAACAUUUGACACCCUUCCUGGAAUUACUAUUGGUGAUAUGGGAUCGAAACCUGGCGCAUGGCAAGGAGUUGAAAAUGGCUGGAUGGAAUUUAAGAACUAUCGAGCACCUGCUAGUGCAUUGUUGAACAAAGGAUGCCAAUUAACUCCCGAUGGAAGCUAUGUGAGCAGUUUCAAAACUGUCAGCGAGAAGAAAAGUGUUAGUUUGGGAACGCUCUCGAUUGGAAGGAUUUCGAUAAUUGGCAAAGGCAUGCUCGGAUGUGCCACAGCAGCAACGAUUGCAAUUCGUUAUAGUGCUGCCCGUCACCAAUUCGGACCAACGAAAGGAGCUGAAAAUGAAGUGGCAGUUCUUGAGUACCCACUUCAGCAAUACCGAUUGUUUCCUUAUUUGGCGUCUGCUAUUUGUCUUCGCAUAUUCAACACAAGAUUCUAUGAGCAUUUCACUGAAUACAUGAUGCGUGUGAUGCAAGGUGAAAAAUCGGACGAACUCGCCGAAUUCUCCAAAGAGGUUCACGCCUUAUCAUCAGGAGCUAAACCGGUCUCAACUUGGUUGGGAGUUGAAGCUUUAGGUGAAGCGCGAAAGGCGUGUGGAGGACACGGAUUUCUGAGCUUAUCUAGACUCAAUAAACUGCGUGAUGACAAUGAUCCGUCACAGACAUUUGAAGGCGAGAACUUCAUGCUUCUUCAACAGACAAGCAAUGUUCUUCUUGGAAAAUAUAAUAAAGGAGAUCGCGUAGUCACACCAAUGAACACCAUGGAUUUGCUCAAUAAAACACCAAAAGCUUUUGCCGGAUGGUCAAAUUGCAUUAUUUCAGAUGUGUUAAGUGCUUAUGAAUAUCUUAUCCAUUAUCUAUUAAAAGUAACGAAUGAUGAAGUCGAAAAAUUGAAAAAGUUGAAUAAAAACUCAUUCGAAAUCAAGAAUGAAACCCAGAUCCACCGAGCCGUUCCUUUGACCAUUGCUUAUACAGAGCACACGAUUAUCAAAUGGUGUCAGGAAUUUGUCAGAAAUGUUGAGGACAUACAAUUGAAGGAUAUUCUUCGAAAAGUUGUCCAACUAUUUGCUCUUUUCCUAGUUGAAAGACAUCUCGCAACAUUGUAUAUUGGUAAUUAUGCGUCAAAUGGACAAUUCGGAGAGCAAGUCCGCGAAAAAUUGCGUCUGUCUGUUGCCAAUCUAAAAGACGAUUCGAUGGCACUAGUCGACACAAUCGCUCCACAUGACUUCAUUUUAAAUUCAGCCCUGGGAUCAUCAAAUGGAAAAGUCUAUGAGAACAUAAUUAAAGAGUUUAGAAAGCAUACAAACGAAAAGCCGCGGUGGUUGUGCGAUCUCGUACAAACGUUGCAACAAAAUUCGAUGAAAAGUAAACUCUAA